AUGAGGACGAUUGUGCUGUGCGUUUAUGCCAGUCUACUGCUUACAGCCACCUUGGUGCCGCGCACAAGCCGGGCGGCGGACUUCCCCGUCAACUCUCACCAGAGAUCGGACUCUAGAGGACCUUUUUCUUUGGGAUCUGAAUCUGGGACUCCCACCUCAUGCCCCAUUAAACUGAGACCAACGGGCCAGUGUGGGAGCUCUGGAGCCGGGGCAGAUGAGGGGGAGGAUUGCCCUUACCAGCUCACCCUGCCUCCCCUCACCAUCCAGCUGCCCAAGCAGUUCAGGCUGCUGGAGAAGACGAUGAAGGAGCUGCAGAGCUUGAAGGAGGUGGUCAACAAGCUGAAGGGUGGGUGCCAGGAGUGCCGCGGGGCACGGGGGAAUGGAGCGAAUGGACUUCAGCAAGCGGACCAGGGACAGACGCAGAGGGAAGACCUGACAGGACAGGACGUGCAAGGUGGCACCAGCCAGGAGGAGAGGGGAGAUGGUUCUAUUUUGGGGAAAAAUACUCCGAGCCCGAGCACUAUGCAGGAGAUGCAGGUGAAAAUGAAUAGGAUGUCGGCCAGCUUGCGCAACGCCAGGAACCAGAUCACGGCUAUGCAGGGUCACCUGGAGGGGCUCAACCUGCUCAACAUGGACAACGUGAAGUCUGUGGUGGACCAGCGGGUGGAGAACAUCACCGGAGUGAUCAACAAGCUCAGCUCCACCUGCACUUCCCAGUGUGCAGUUCGGAACAGCCCACAGAUGAUCUUUGCCCCUCGGGACUGUUCAGACUACAAUGUGCUGGAGGCGAGGAAGAACGGUGUGUACAGCGUGACCCUUGAUCCCCGCAAUGGCUCAAUUGACGUCUUCUGUGACAUGGAGUCCUAUGGGGGCGGAUGGACCAUGAUACAGCAACGGCUCGAUGGGUCUGUCAGCUUCAACCGCACCUGGGCCGAGUAUAAGAAAGGCUUCGGGAACCUCAGAGGUGAGUUCUGGCUGGGCAAUGACCAUAUCCACUCGAUGACAAAAGCCAAAGACAUGGUGCUGCGCAUUGAGCUGGAGGACUUCGAGGGUGUCCGGGAGUACGCAAAGUACGACCAGUUCUAUGUGGCCAAUGAAUUCCUCCGCUAUCGACUGUCUAUCAGUGGAUACAGUGGGACAGCUGGGAACGCCAUCAAUUUCAACAAGCACUUCAACCACGACCAGAAGUUCUUCUCGACGCCCGACCGCGACAACGACAUGUACUCCUCCGGAAGCUGCGGCGCCUACUACAGUUCCGGUUGGUGGUUCGACGCCUGCAUGUCCGCCAACCUCAACGGGAAGUACUAUCACAAGAGGUACAAGGGAGUGAGGAACGGGAUCUUCUGGGGAACGUGGCACAACAUGUCCACGGAGUACUACCCCACCAACUACAGGCAGGCCUUCAAAACCGUCAAGAUGCUGAUGAGGCCCAAGAACUACGCUCCGUAAGGGGACAGUGAGCGCGGCCGUCAAAGAAUGUCGGAUUCAAAUGAUGAUACUAAAGGACAAUGGACUAUGAACGAUGAUGGACUAAUAAAAAACACACACACAAUCUAAAGGCCAGCCUCCUACAGUGGCCAUCAUAUUCUACGGUGGGUUAACAUGAGAGAUUUUUCACUGUUUUUCUGACAUUUCUCCACUUUCUGUCCCCCCUGCUAUAAAAACCAGCUGAGACACGGCACAGCACACAGUGGUAGUAAAAACUAAUGAGCUAUCAUUUUCUCCCUUCUAAAUGGUUUCAUAAUUAACAGCAGCCACUCGAGUGAGGUAUAUGAGAGCUGAUGAUACAGUUUUUAGUGGCUCGGAAAUUCAUUGUGAAAGACUUCAUGCCGGGGUCAGAGUCAAAAUGUUUAAAAAAUAACUACAGGAAGUGAUAUACGACACGCUUUGGGUAGCGGUGCACAAUUAAUAGCUUCUGUGUCGUUCACUUAAUUACACUGGGACACUUUGCUAAUGUAUCAUCAUCCUAUACAGUAUAAAGCAUCCAAGGAUAAAUACGCACCCUGAAAUACAAUUCUAUUGGAUCGUCCCCAAGUACACUCUGCAUUAUUGAUGCUCCAUUACAUUUUUCUUGACAGCAGCCCCGGCGCAGGACACUGCUGCAAAAAUAACCUGUUCCUAUUGUACUCCCCCAUUAUCUCUGGGUGCACUGAACUACUGCACAUCUCUUGAUGCCAUGCACCAGUUUUCAUGUGUAAAAAAAACCUCCCUGAGUCAUCACUUGUACAAUACUGCCGCCUAACGUUAGCACUCUGUAAAGCACCAUUUAAUCCAUUCUAUGCGCACUGUGAAUGGGAAGGAUGGGGAAAGAAACUUUAAGGACGUGUACAGUAUUUAUUUUAUUUUGUGAGGUAUGACAGCUUUUAUAUGAUACAUAGGUCAUACAGGACAAGUCUAAUGAUUGUUGAUAUUCAAGCAAUGUUGAAGACUGUGCAGUAUUGUGACCAUUCAUAGUAAUUAUGUGUGUAUUUGGAGCUUCGUGUGUGUACGAUAUUGAUCUUUUCUAUCAUUCAUAUUCAACCGUCAUGCCAAAAGAUUAUGCACUUUUUUAUAUCAAAAAAUGAAUAAAGUUCUAACUUCA